AGUAUCACCACUCCAGUGACUUCCUCAAACAUUUCUGUAAAAUAUUUGUAACCAUCUCAGAAUAUUAGCUCGUUUUAAAGAUUAAUCUAAGAUUUAAAUUACAAAAAAUAAAAAAGGAAGAAAAGGGAUUAGGUGCGGUGUGGUGUGGUAUAGGGUAUGAAAUUCUUGUUGGAGCUCGUCGUGCCUUGUUUUGGUUCGCAGCAGUUCCACCAAUCCUCCACAAACGCGGAUGAUUCUAUUUCCACCGAAACGCAGUCGCUGAUGAAACAGCGAAGGCGGCGGAAACGAGUUAGAGUUGCGGGUCAACCGGGACAAGCGGCUGAGUGGAGACCAUCCCUCAGCGUGAUCUCGGAGCACAAGCCGGAGAUAAAGGAGACGCCGGAAAAGGUGAAAGAGAAGAGGAAAGUUCGUCGUAAAAGUGAUGGUGGCGGCGGAGACGCGUCGUCCCGAUCAGGCGGUGGUCAUGUUCGUUUCCGCAGUGACGAUUUCGGGAGAAAUUCUUUCGAACCAGUAAUUCCGGCAUUCUCACCGACUCCGUUCAUGUUUUGAUGAGUUUCAGUUUCUUCCUGAAGUUUAUGUGUAUAAUAAUAAUUUGAUAAAUACAGUAAUGUAAUGAUGUAGCAUUAAUGUAUGUAUAUGUUACAAUGUAUUUGAUAUUACUGCCAUCGAUAUAUAAAGCCUAUAUAUGUGACAGUCAAACAAAAUGAGUUUGUCUAUCUA